GCUCAGCAAUGCCACUGUGUUUCUUCUCAGUGUGUUUGGAAAGAAGAUUACUAUUGUAGAUACAUCAGCUCAGUGCUGCUGCUGCUUCUAAACUCAGCCUUUGAAGCAUGGAGCAAAUUGGCUGUCUCCUUGUCCUCCUGGCCUCAUUUUCGGCUCUUUCCUGGAUGACGGCCCUUGCAGAUACUGUGGCUGCACAUCCAUCAGGCCUUUGGCUGUCUCUUUCACCUCCACACAGCACCUUUGCUCGAGGAGAAAAGGUUUCAUUGAUAUGCUCCCCCCCAGAAAGACAGAGGCCAACGCUGUUCUAUUUCUAUGAAAAGAGAAAUGGUGUACCGGUCGUGUAUGGACAACAGGCACAAAAUAUCUUGGAGGUUUCCACAGAAUACCUGGAAACAAACAAAACAUUUGUCUGUGCUUACCUGGAGGGAAAGAGACUCUUCCUGUCUUCACUGAGUAACGAGGUUGUGCUGUCCAUCACUGACCUUCCUCCUGCUCCAGUUUUCUCUGUUUCUCCAAAGAAGGAUGUCUAUACAAGUGGGGAAUCUGUAGAACUCAAGUGCUCAUCUUCCGAAACCCGCCAUGUAUCAAGGACUCAGUUUUUCAGGGACCAACAGUAUCUGCAUUCAAUCACGCCCUCCUCCUCCUCCUCCUCCUCCUCUCUGGGCAACAUCACACACACCCUGCACCUCCUUCCUCAAGAUGGUGGAAAUUAUUCCUGCAGGUACCACAUUGUGGAAUCUGGGCGAGAGAUCGCAUCCAGAGAGAGCAACUCCAUCAGGAUUUUGGUGUUGGGUAAGGAGGUCUUUCUUUGCAAUACGGAUCUCUUGGAAGUUGAAGUGGGAAGCUGGAUUGAGUCUGGGCAGUUUGGCUGGUCACAGGAACAGGGGGAGAAUUUUAUUAAUUGAAUAUGAAUAUGUACAAAAUUCAAAUAUCAUCAUAAGGCAGAGGGCCUUCUUGGUAGUGGCACCCUCCCUGUGGAACAGGGAUACAGCAAAGACUCAGGACAAGUUUAUAG